AUGGAUAAAGAAUGCAAGUAUUCCCAAUGUCUUCUGCUUCUGUUAUUUGCCUGUAAAUUUUGCUUGUCCAAAGGAGUUGACACCCUUUCUAGAGGCCAAAGUCUUUCAGGAAAUGAAACCAUUGUAUCAAAAGAUGGAACAUUUGAAUUGGGAUUCUUUGCAACAGGCCGGUCUAAUAAUGUCUAUUUAGGCAUUUGGUACUCAAGUUUGGCAGCCAAGACCAUAGUCUGGGUAGCGAAUAGAGUAGAACCAAUAUUUAACACAUCCCAGACUUCAAGACUUGAAAUUUCUGAGGACGGUAAUCUUGUAUUGUUGGAUCAUUCUGGAAGUAUUGUAUGGUCAACAAAUUUGGUGUCUGCACCAGCAAGUUCUGUUGAAGCUGUGCUUCUUGAUAACGGAAAUUUUGUACUCAGGGAAACUUCAAAUGCGUCAAACUUAUUCUGGCAAAGUUUUGAUUAUCCUACUGAUACAUGGCUGCCAGGAGCAAAAUUGGGCUACAAGAUGCUAUCUUCCAAUAACAGCUAUGAAGCUCAACGUUUAGUUUCAUGGAGAAGUACAGACGAUCCCGCUCCUGGGAUGUUUUCACUUGUGUUAGACACAAAUACAUCAGGCAGUGAAAUUCUCAUACAGUGGAACAAGUCUGUAAGCUAUUGGAAUAGUGGAAUCUGGAACGGUUCAAUGUUUCCCUCAGCUCCUGAACUGAAAUAUUCAAUUAACUUCACUUUUGUUUCAGACCAAAGUGAGACAUAUUACACUUACUCGGCAUUUGAGUCUGCUGUAGUUCUAUGGAGAUUCGUAAUGGAUACAUCUGGACAGCUAAAGCUGCUACAAGCUACGCGUGGCUUGGGCUAUGGAGCCUCGGCUUUAACGUUUACUCAACCAAUAGAUCAAUCUGAUGUUUAUGCAUUUUGUGGGGAAUUUGGUGUUUUUACCGGUAACUAUUCUUCCUCUUGCACAUGUUUGGAAGGCUUUGAGAGCACAAAUGAUGGGGCUCCCGGCUGUGCACGAAAAACCCCACAGCGGUGCAAAACUAGUACCUCACCAGAAAGGGGGAACGCUGGAUUUUUACCAAUUUCAAACAUGAAACUUCCUGGUAAUCCACAAUCACUUCUUGUUGAAAAUGCGGACGGUUGCAAAUCAGCUUGUCAGGAGAACUGCUCUUGUACAGCUUAUUCAUAUGGUGGUAGCGAUUGCUUAAUUUGGAUUGGAGCUCUAUUAGACUUAAAGCAGGCCGUGGAUGUGAAACAAAACCUACUCCUGAAGGUUGCAACUUCUGAGAUUCAAGUGCCUCCAACUGUUUCAGGGAACAAAGACAAUUCAGGGGACAAAAAACGAUCUAGUAUAAUUGUAGCAGUGGUGGUUCCCUUGGCAGCCGCUAUUUUAGGAGGAUUCAUCAUUUUCGUCACAUGGAAGAUCAAGCAAAGAGGCGGUCGGAAGAAAGAAUCAAGCGAGGAUCUACUAUCAUAUGAUUUUGAUUCCAGCAACAGUGAAACAGAUAGUGAAACGAAGAAUGCAAAUGAUGUUAGGCAAGGAAAAAAGGGUGGUCUUAUUCUACCCUUUUUCAGCUAUGCAAGUGUGUGCACCGCUACAAACAAUUUCUCAGCAGGCAAUAAGAUUGGUGAGGGAGGAUUUGGUCCAGUCUACAAAGGCAAAUCCCUAAAGGGACAAGAGAUAGCUGUCAAGAGGCUUUCAAGAGGAUCUGGACAAGGGCUGAAGGAAUUCAGAAAUGAAGCUUUGUUAAUUGCAAAGCUGCAGCACAGGAAUCUUGUUCGGCUUUUAGGCUGUUGCAAUGAGCAGGAAGAAAGUAUACUGAUCUAUGAGUACAUGCCGAAUAAAAGCCUAGAUUCUUUCAUAUUUGAUCCUGAGAAACAAAUGCAAAUAGACUGGGACACUCGUAUUAGCAUCAUUCAAGGGAUUGCACAAGGGAUACUAUAUCUGCACGAGUACUCAAGGUUGCGCAUUGUUCAUAGAGAUCUUAAAGCUAGUAACAUCUUAUUAGACAGUGAAAUGAACCCCAAAAUAUCAGAUUUUGGCACCGCAAGGAUAUUUGGUGGAAGUGAUUCAAAAACCAAUACAAAAAGGAUUGUUGGAACUCCUGGCUAUAUGGCCCCAGAGUACCUACUGGAAGGCCUUUUCUCUGCCAAAUCUGAUGUGUACAGCUUCGGUGUAUUGGUGCUUGAAAUUGUGAGUGGCAAGAAGAACACUGGCUUUCAUAAUAGUGACUCCCUUCACCUCCUUGGACAUGCUUGGGAGCUUUGGAAUUCAAAACGAGCACUGGAACUAAUCGAUCCAUCACUAGGUUGUCCUCCUGAUGUUGCUCCAUUGAGAUGCAUUAACAUAGGGCUUCUCUGCAUUGAAGAAAAUCCAAAUGAUCGACCUGCCAUGUCUGAUGUUGUCUCGAUGCUUGGCAAUGAACUUGCAGCUCUUCCCUCACCAAAGCAACCUGCAUUUUCUGCAAUCAGACCUGUGAUUAAUACCAAAUCAAUCUCAAGCAAUGAUCAAAAGUUUUCAGUAAAUGGCCUAACCAUUUCAUCUGUUGAACCAAGAUGA